GAAAACUGUGUGGUUACUAAUUUAAUUAUGACUUUUAUCCAUCUAGGUGGCUUGCAUUAAAUGAUUAACCCGUAACCGUUUUGUUUUAUGUUUCUAAACGUGCCAUGUUGGUGGUUGCAUUUCUUGCAUAAUACACAUUAUUACAGUAUCCUAUGCUCAAGAUUUAAGUGACUUAUUUGACUAUGACGAAGAAUAAACUUGCCAAUCGUCCAGCGAAACCCGAUGCCAAAGCAGCCGCCAACGUCGCUGCUCCGCCAUCGCACCAGCAGAACGGGAACGCCUCGAGCAAGAAUGCUGCGGCCAAACAGGAGCAUGCCGCACCCAAAGGAUCACGCGGACCACCGGUUAAGAAAGUCCGACCGCGCACCGCCACGUUCAACAAGAGCGCUAUUAUUAUCUCCAUCGUGUCGGGCCUGUUGGCCGUCGGAGUGUAUCUGCUGCAUUCGUAUCUGCAGGAGCAGAAGACGCUGUCACCGUUUGCGGGUCCGCUGAUUCCGUUGGACCGCAGUUAUACCAAUAAUCUGCUAUGGGGAACAUAUCGACCGGGCGUAUAUUUUGGUGUGCGCAGUCGCACACCGAAUUCACUGGAGAUGGGACUGAUGUGGUUCUCCUACACAUCGUCGCAGUUCGUGCUCCGUCAUUUGUGCGAUCAGAAUGAUCGGCUUCUGUACGGAUGGAAAGAGCACGAUGGUCGCACUUUCGGCUACCAAGAAAUCAUGGACGAAAACAUCAAUAUUUCCACCACCUUUCUCAAACGCUACAACGACCACACGAGCGACUGGAUAUCGCGGCUAAGCAUCCAUCCUUUAUCGACACCCAACGGUGCCGCCGGGAAGACAAAAGUGGGACUCUUCAUCUACUUCCGGUUGGAGGAUAAAGGCCAACUGACGCCCAUUCUCAUAGAUGGCGGUCUCGUGGGUCUGGAGGGCUCAACACCCUCCCUCGGUGCUUUCAAGGUUAACUUCGUCCAGUACAGUAAUCCCAUCUCCAGCAGCUUUUUAGCUGCGCAGCUAUCCAGUGUCACGAAAUUGCGCGAUACGAUCCUGAACGGUAUUACGAUGAAUGUGGGCAAUGCGCUGCGUCUGGUGGGCCAGACGACUAGUCAGCCCAAUCUGAUUGUCUUCGAGCUGGCGGUUAUGCCGAAAUUCGUUAUGGAUUUUGUGUAUGAGCCGCUGAAGGCGGAUCUGAGUAGUGCCGGACUAGGACAGUUGGGCGAUGGCUCUAUCGGAGAAACCAUCGCCAAACACCGGCAGCGUUUCCGCGAGCGUUUCCGUGCGAUGUUCAGGAUUGUGGAGCGCGGCUACAGUGAAGCAGAGAAUGAAUUUGCCCAGAAAGUGUUUAGUAAUUUGAUCGGCGGGAUUGGGUAUUUUUACGGGGAGUCACUGGUGAAAUCGCGAUGGUCCGUAACUCCGGCCAAAUACUGGACGACGGGAUUGUACACGGCAGUACCGUCGCGCAGCUUCUUCCCGCGAGGUUUUCUCUGGGAUGAAGGGUUUCAUCAGCUAGUGAUUAGUAAAUGGGAUGUGGGAUUGACUCGUGAGAUUAUGACGCACUGGUUGAAUUUGAUGAACACGGAGGGAUGGAUUCCGCGGGAACAGAUUUUGGGAGAGGAAUCCCGCAGUCGUGUACCGGAGGAAUUCGUCGUACAGAACAGUGAUUAUGCUAAUCCUCCGUCUUUCUUCCUGACCAUUGAAUCCAUGCUGGAUGGACUGGAUCCCGAUCGACCGGAUGAAAUUGACAGAACCCUGAAAUUCUUUGAAUUCGCCUUCCCACGACUCCAGAAAUGGUUUGAGUGGUUUAACACGACACAGCUGGGUCCGGUGCCGGGUAGUUAUCGUUGGCGCGGCCGCAAUGAGACCACCGAGCGAGAACUGAAUCCCAAGACGCUGACCUCUGGUUUGGAUGAUUAUCCACGAGCUUCGCAUCCUUCCGCAGAAGAGCGGCAUGUGGAUUUGUACUGCUGGAUGGCGUAUGCUGCCGGUAUAAUGGCGCGCGUUGCCGAAGAAGUCGGUGAGAACGCCGUACCGUAUCGCAAUACGGAAGCGUAUCUGAAGGAUAACAAUCUACUGAAUCGACUGCAUUGGUCAGAAGCGUUGAAAUUCUACGCGGAUUAUGGUCGGCACAGUGAUGGUGUUCGACUGGAACGGCCCGCCGCGCCACGUUCACAGCGACCGGGUCAACCGCCCGUGCAACUGCCCAUGGCACGCAUGGUGGAUAAGGAACCGGUUGUGGGGCAUGUUAACGCUUUCGGUUAUGUUAGCCUGUUCCCUGUGAUGCUGAGAAUUGUCGACCCGUCCUCGCCGCAGUUGGGAGCGUUGUUGGAUGCACUGCGCAAUCCCGCGCUGCUGUGGACGGAUUACGGCAUUCGGUCGCUGGCCAAGAAUAGCCCGUUAUUUGCCAAAUACAAUACGGAGCAUGAUGGACCGUAUUGGCGCGGUGCCGUGUGGAUUAAUAUGAAUUAUCUGAUUGUGAAGGCGUUGAAGUAUUAUGGAGAGGUGAAGGGACCGUAUCAGGAAAAAGCCUUGCGGAUGGGCGACGAGCUGCGGAUGAAUAUCGUCCGCAAUAUGAUGCGGCAGUAUCAGCGAACGGGCUUCGUCUGGGAGCAGUAUGUGGACGGUGAAGGGAAGGGAUCGCAUCCGUUUACGGGAUGGUCCAGUCUUGUCGUUCUGCUGAUGUCGGAUUUUUAGUUUUGGUUUUACAAAAGCCUCGGCUCAAUAUUUUGUUUUUUAAGCUGUAUACCAUCCCGGUCUGAACUGGGAAUUGCCAUACAGUUACUGGUGUUGUUUUUAUCAGCCGGAAAAGCCCUUCUUUCUUUUUUUACAGAUGCCGUUUAGUUUUUACGGAACACAUCUUUGGGAAGAGUGAUCUCCGCAAACCGCGAUGAUGUCUGUUUCAAUCGUGUGUCCCUUUAUUAAACUUUAUUUUUUAUUG